CUCAGCUUCCAUGGCUACAGUUGGUCUCCUGACAUCCUCUCCAACCAAUCCCAUCUUUUAGCUCAGAAUUCCCAUUGGCUGCUGCCCCAUUUAUGACAUCAAUCUCCCUCCAGCCCUACUACUACCUGGUAGGUUCUUGUGGUUGCCAUAGCGAUGCCUGUAAACAAAUUUGGAUCAUCACAGAUCAUCACAGACAGCACAGUAAGUGCUGUCUGAUACUGGACACACUUGCCACUCAGGUCAGCUGAUCAGACAAGGACAACCAAUUAUCUUCCUCCAUUGUACUGUGGGUUGCUGAUACUCUUCCUCCAACCAUGGCAGAAAAUUUCCAAAGUGCACCUUUCUUUGGGACAGAAUGUGCUCUGCAGCCCUCUGUGCCUGUGCUGAGGAAUGCCACGCCCUUAUCAGGAAGUGUGUGCAACUUCUCCAGGGUCUCCACCCCAGCUGUGAGUGCAGCAUGGCUCCUGCCAUCAGACUCCAGCACUUGUUGCCAGAAGCUCAUGGACAGUGCCUACCCCUACCUACCAGCUGGCAGGACCAUGGUGACUGCGCUGACUGACCAGGGCCAGAGCUCUGCCUCAGCACUCUCCUAUCCAGGUGUUCUCCAGUGGGAUCCCACGGGAAGCACUGACCAGAGGGGAGCUGCACUCCAGGACUUCACUGUAACUGUCAUUGACCAGAAUACCACAUUCUCCUCCUUGUCUAGGACAGCCCAGGGUGAUAAUAUUUUAGAUCCCAAUGCCUUAGUCCUUUCCUGUCCAACUUGUCCACUUUCUGCCAACCUUGUUCAGGCCACACCACCACAGGUGCCAAAUCAAGGAUACAGCCUGGCACCUUCCCACCAGGAGGGUAGCCAAGUCUAUUACUAUGACCCUAACAGCCUGGGCCCUCUGAUGGCUGGAGAACUCGGGCAGUGCCUGCAGGCCUGUGGCUCUGUGUCCUACUCUGAAUGUCAAGCCCCUGCCCUGCAACCAGAGAUGGUGAUGAUGCUAAAGGAGAUUCAGCCAACAAAUGUCCCAACACCCUUCUCCACCUCUGCCAUCUACUAUCCCACAACUGCUCAAGACAUGCCAGACACCAGUCUUCAAGUGGUGAAAAUGGAGACAUCUCUGGGAUUUACAACUUCAGGCCAGACACUCUGUCUGCUGCAGAGUCCAGACCUCUGCAAUCCUGCCCAGGAUGUCCAGAUGAAGACACCACCUGUCACUGGGGACAGGUCAUUAACUGCCCCCAUUGACAGUCCUUCAGAAUUCCUGCCCUUGCCUUCUGCUCCAAGCUUGGAACAAACAGAGAAUAAUGACUUGGAUUUGAUGACAGAUGAUCUAUCAACUCCUCUGGAUGCCUAUGAGGGCAUAAAAGAAAACCAAGACCCCUCACUUCUCCCUUUAGCACAUGCCAACAUGCAGCAGGCCCUGAACUACACUGAUUCUAGGGGCCUAAAACAGAAGCUUUCUCCUGACAAUGCCACCUUGGGAAGCAGCAGCCUUGAUCAGGAUGAGCCUGCAGAGCGUGUGAUGGGCUCCAGCAUGGACUUUGCAGACAUGACUACACUGGUGGCAGACAUUCACCUUCCCCAACUCUUCAACUCCCUCACUGAACUGAACCUAUUCCAAGAUCCCACAGCAACCCAAUCCAAAGACAUCAGCAGGGAUCAGGUCCAGGAAAGCUCCAGCAACAUCAGUGUACCCGUGGACCAAGUGAGAAAGAAUGGUCAGAAAGCCUCUGAGAUGCUUGAUGGGUCUCCUCAUGACAGAAUCCAGCUCCAGGACCUGGUGGAAGAAGAGGCUGUGGGCAGUGCUGGGUCCAGUGAAGGGGCUAUUGACAACAUGCCUAAGAACUUGGAGGGCAGAGCCCAGAAAGCCACACCCAGCAUGCCCAGCAGAGCUAGGGCUCAGGGGCAAGACAAGACCAAGAGAUCCAGAGAAAACAACUGCAAGAAAACAGAGGAGCUCAAGCAGUCAAGGAACAGAGUCAAGGCAGACGAAAACACCACCAUGCCAAAGAACAAGAGGAAGAGGAAUCCACCUGAGCUCAGCCACAACAGCUUUAAAAAGCCUCGAACUCACCUCGGCAUGCACAUGCUAGAAUCCGUGCAAGUCUUUCACCCACUGGGGAAGAAGAGUGAGAAGAAAACUGGCAUCUCCUCCUCCCGGGCUUGGCUAAACUUCAGCAGCAACAAAGAUCCCAGGACAGGCCCAGCCACCACAUCACUUCUGGAUGUGCCAUGUGAUGGCCGAGGCCCUGGUAAAACCCGCAAUGCUCAGAGACCAGAGAGCAAUGCUCACAGGGAGUGUCCAUCUCCAUCCCAGUAUGAGCUGCCCCCACCUGGCAAGGUCAAGUUAGUACCUCUGCCUUUUCCAGCCCUGGACAAGCCUCAGACCAGACUGGUUUCUAAAAAGCCUCCCUCCCUGGCUUCACACAGGGCCCCUGCACUGUACCCUGUGAGACCUCAUUCUAACUCAGCUCAGUCUACCACACCCAAGCUCAAACCAGCUCCUGCCAGCACUUCUUUGAUGGCCUCUGACAAGCCAGUUCUGCCUAUUGCUACCAGUGCCACACGAGAUAACAUAACCAACCCCAUCCAGUCUUGCACUGGGACUCAGCCAGCUGUCUGUAGGCCAGUAUCCUACAGGGCAUCAUCUCACCCUUCACUACAGAGGGAGCUUGCCUCUGCUGACAAGAACAAGGCCCCAUCACCUCCCAAACCUCAAAUCCAACAUCUGCUGCAAGACUUCAGCCGCCAACCAAUUCCAUGGAGGAAAGUUGACAUUCCAGGGCCAGUCAUCUCACAGCCCAUCACAGAAGAGCAGAGGCCAGAGAGGGAGGCCAUGAACAGGCGGGCUAAACAGGAGAGAGAGAAUGCUGCCAAGUACAUGUCUCUGGGAAAACUGCAGCUCUUCCUUCAGAGGGAGAAGGACAUGGAAAUUUCCAGAUAUUAUGGCUAUGCAAUGUAAGAGCAGGCCAGGUUUUUAGAGCAAAGUGCUUUUCAAUGUGGAUAAGAAGAGAUAUAAAUACCAAUACACAUGUAUAUGAGGAGUAUAACAAUUUAAAUGAAAUGUAUAGAUACAUAGGUCCAAAUGUAGUAAUACAGAUGACUAUGUAGAUAUAGAUGGAUAUACAAAAUGUCUAUAUUCACAUAUAUUUGAGUACUUAGUAAAACUCCCUAAAAAGUC